UAUAAAGAUACUAGUCCCCAAAUUAAUCUAUAAAUUCAAUGUAAUUCCAAGAAAAAUCUCUGCAGGGCAGAGGGUAAAUUAUAGUGAAGAAAAUAGACAUACAUGAUCCUCGCUCUCAUGGAGUUUACAGUCAGCUGGGCACAAAUACAACUUGUUAUAAAUAACACGAAGGUGUAGAAGACUGAGCCAAGUGAGAAAAACACGAAAGAUCUAAUUUAGACUAGGGGCAGGGGAUCAGUGAAUUCUACCCCAAACCACACAAAGUGUUUUGUUUCCUAGGAUGCAAGCUGCUAAACCCUCCAGAACUCUAGGAGGGCGCAGCCACCUUGGAGGUGAGAUCUUGGCCUCCCACUUGUCCAGUCAGGGGUUGGUGCGACUUUGCUGGGCUCUGGAGGGGACCGCCGACUGCAUUCUACAUCGUUGUGGCGUGAGAACAGUUUUCAUCACUUGAGCAUUCCGAUAUUUUUCCUAGUGUCUUCUUAGCAUCUUUCUGGCAGAUCCUCUGCUUGCUGUGCCGGUCUCCUGUCCCGUCAAUGAACCCACAGGAGCCUGAUUUUGAGUUUUCUCUCUCCUUGUGCCCCACAAGCCUAGAACUUCACGGAGGUGGAUCCAAGGAUGGCUCGCGGCCCGGCUGUUUCACUUGGCCACACAUUCCACCCCUCUCUGGCCGGGCGGCAGGUGGGUUGGAGGUGUGCGGGCUGGCAAGGGUGCCCGGCGCUCCUCGCCCCUAGGUGGCCAUCGGCCGCGAGCGAGCGCUCAGCGCGCGUCCUGGGCUGUCUGCGCCUGGCGCGCGCCACCGGCCCGCGCUCGCCCCCGUCUCUUCUCGCGCUCCCGGAGGUCCGGACAGCGCGCGCCGCCUCACCGUAGUCCUUAGGCCGCCCCCGUCGGCCUUCGCGGCGCGCGCACCAGACCGGCCCAGCCACCCCACUCGGGCUGGCUGGCUGGCGAGUUUCCUCGCCCCGCCCCCCGGCGCCACAGCUGGGCGCUUGCGCGGGGCGCGUGGCCGUGGCCGGGUUCGCCGCCGCAGCGGGUGCCGCCGCGGCCGCCGCCGCCUCCGCCUCAGUCAGUCAGUCCCCAGCAAUGGCGGAAGGAGGUGAGCGAGAGGAGCUGCUCUCGCCGCCGCCAGUCUCUCCGGCCAAGCGCCUGUGCUCGUGGCCCAGCCCGCGGGCUCACCACCCUCGCGGUUCGCCCGGGGCGGCCAGCGGUGGGGUGGGGGGCGUCGGCGGCAGCUGCCUGCCUCCCGGGGCCCGCCCUCACCUGCAGCCCGAGUCCUUGCUGGACUGCGCCGCCAAGACAGUGGCGGAAAAGUGGGCGUACGAGCGGGUGGAGGACCGCUUCGAGCGGAUCCCGGAGCCCGUGCAGCGCCGCAUCGUUUACUGGUCCUUCCCGCGGAAUGAGCGGGAGAUCUGCAUGUACUCCAGCUUCCAGUACCGGGGCGGCCCCAGCGCCGGCGCGGCUGGCAGCGCCGCGGGGGCUUCGCCGGCCGAGGAGGGGCCGCCGCCACCCCCCGGGGCCGCCGCUCCGGCCGGCUCCGCCCCCGGGGCUGCCGCGGCGGGGGCGUCCCCCGGGCUGGGCGCAGGGGCCGGAGCAGCUGGCGAGGGGCUGCCGUUCCGCCGGGGCAUCCGUCUGCUGGACAGCGGCUCUGUGGAGAACGUGCUGCAAGUGGGCUUCCAUCUCAGCGGCACAGUCACUGAGCCAGCCACUACUUCUGAACCAGCAAUGACUUACAAAGUUGCGAUCAGUUUUGAUCGAUGCAAAAUCACUUCAGUGACAUGUGGCUGUGGGAACAAGGACAUAUUCUACUGUGCUCAUGUGGUAGCACUCUCACUCUACAGGAUCCGUAAACCAGACAAAGUCAAAUUGCGUCUUCCUAUCUCAGAAACCCUUUUCCAGAUGAAUAGAGACCAGCUACAGAAGUUUAUUCAAUAUUUAAUCACAGCACACCACACUGAAGUUCUUCCUACUGCACAGAAACUGGCAGAUGAGAUUCUUUCCUCCAACUCAGAAAUCAACCAAGUGAACGGUGCUCCUGACCCCACAGCUGGGGCCAGCAUUGAUGAUGAGAACUGUUGGCAUUUGGAUGAAGAACAGGUGAAAGAACAAGUGAAGCUCUUUCUCUCCCAGGGUGGUUACUACGGAUCUGGAAAGCAACUCAAUUCAAUGUUUGCCAAGGUUCGAGAGAUGCUGCGGAUGAGAGAUUCCAAUGGAGCCAGGAUGCUGACGCUAAUAACUGAGCAGUUUAUGGCAGAUCCACGACUUACACUCUGGAGGCAACAAGGAACAAGCAUGACAGAUAAAUGCAGGCAGCUCUGGGAUGAGCUAGGUAAGUCCCCUUAUCUCAGAGAAAUGCUAUGUCAGUCCAACCAGCUUGCUCCCUGGCAACAGUUGUCUUAUUCUCCAGUACAGGACCUUGAACAUGGAAAUGAGCUGCCCAACAUCACCAACGCACUUCCUCAGAGUACCAAUCACAGCCCAGACUCCUUAUCCAGACCAAGACGAACAGUGUUUACUAGAGCCAUCGAGGGCCGUGAAUUGCAUUGGCAAGACAGCCACCUACAGCGAAUAAUUAGCAGCGAUAUAUAUAUAGCUCCUGCCUGUCAGCAGGAAAGUGAGAGACUACUCUUUAAUACCCAAGGCCAGCCACUGUGGCUUGAGCAUGUGCCUACAGCCUGUGCUCGGGUUGAUGCCCUACGUUCCCAUGGUUAUCCAAAAGAGGCCCUUAGACUCACGGUGGCCAUUAUCAAUACUCUGAGGUUGCAGCAGCAACGACAGCUGGAAAUCUACAAGCAUCAGAAGAAAGAACUGUUGCAGAGAGGAACCACAACCAUCACAAACCUGGAAGGCUGGGUGGGCCACCCCCUGGAUCCCAUUGGCUGCCUGUUUCUUGCUUUGACUGAGGCCUGCCGCCUGAGUGAUGACAGCUAUCUGGAAGUGUCAGAUAUGAAUGAAAGCAGACCCCCUGUGUACCAGCAUGUACCCGUGGCUGCAGGCUGCCCAAACAACAGUGAGUCCUACCUGUCAUUGGCCCUGGAAGUUGCUCUUAUGGGGAUGGGUCAACAGAGGGUGAUGCCUGAAGGUCUCUAUGCACAGGACAAGGUGUGUCGUAAUGAGGAGCAGCUCCUGAGUCAACUCCAGGAGCUGCAGCUGGACGAUGAACUAGUGCAAACACUGCAGAAACAGUGCAUCUUAUUACUGGAAGGAGGCCCCUUCAGUGGUCUGGGAGAAGUCAUUCACCGAGAGAGUGUUCCCAUGCAUACCUUUGCCAAGUAUUUGUUCUCAGCUCUACUGCCACAUGAUCCAGACCUGUCCUAUAAAUUAGCCUUACGUGCCAUGAGGUGGCCAGUUCAAUCAGUACCUGUUGUGAUUGGUGGACCGUUCAGGGAAGCUUUAAAGAAGACCCUGUCCCUGCCCCUUCUCUCGGCACCUAUAGGGAACACUGUGAGGCUCCGAACAAUCCUGGAAGCAAUACAGAAGCACAUCCAUUCUUCCUCCCUCAUCUUCAAACUGGCCCAAGAUGCGUUCAAGAUUGCUACUCCCACGGACAGUAGUACUGACAGCACCCUGCUCAACGUGGCCCUCGAGCUGGGGUUACAGGUGAUGAGGAUGACCUUAUCAACCCUUAACUGGAGGCGCCGGGAGAUGGUGCGGUGGUUGGUGACAUGUGCUACAGAAGUGGGUGUGCGGGCCUUGGUGAGCAUCUUGCAAAGCUGGUACACCCUCUUCACCCCCACCGAGGCUACAAGCAUUGUGGCUGCCACAGCCGUAUCCCACACCACUAUCCUGCGCCUCAGUCUUGACUAUCCACAGCGGGAGGAGCUGGCUAGCUGUGCUCGCACGCUGGCCCUGCAGUGUGCUAUGAAAGAUCCACAGAGCUGUGCCCUAUCAGCCCUUACACUCUGUGAGAAAGACCACAUUGCCUUUGAGGCAGCCUACCAGAUCGCCAUUGAUGCCGCCGCUGGUGGCAUGACACAUUCACAGCUGUUCACCAUCGCUCGCUACAUGGAGCUCCGUGGCUACCCGCUACGUGCCUUCAAGCUGGCCUCACUGGCCAUGAGCCAUCUCAACCUGGCAUACAACCAGGACACCCACCCGGCCAUCAAUGAUGUGCUCUGGGCGUGUGCCCUCAGCCACUCUCUGGGCAAGAAUGAGCUGGCAGCCCUCAUUCCCCUGGUGGUGAAGAGCGUGCAUUGUGCCACAGUGCUUUCCGACAUCCUGCGGCGCUGCACAGUCACUGCCCCUGGCCUGGCUGGCAUCCCAGGCCGCCGCAGCUCUGGAAAGCUCAUGUCCACUGACAAAGCUCCACUGCGCCAGCUGUUGGACGCCACCAUCAAUGCCUACAUCAACACCACACACUCACGCCUGACACACAUCAGCCCUCGCCACUACGGAGAGUUCAUUGAGUUUCUGAGCAAGGCUCGAGAGACCUUCCUGCUGCCCCAGGAUGGCCACCUGCAGUUUGCCCAGUUCAUUGACAACCUCAAACAAAUCUACAAAGGCAAGAAGAAGCUGAUGCUGCUGGUGCGAGAGCGCUUUGGCUGAGAAAGCAGACAGCUCAUUGCUAGGGGAGCCUGGGCUCCCAGGUACCAUCAGGUCAGGCCAAGGACACUGAAAUAUUUGUCCACCCUGAGAGGACUCUAAGCACCUGUGGCUGACGCCAAAGGACCACAGGGCUAAGCGUGGGUAGAGUCCAACUCUAGCCAAUAUGCCUGCCUUGGCAAGGUUCUCACUAUAGCCCACUGUUCCUGGAGGAGCUGGGCCCUGCAGAUCGAUCAGAAUCCCUACAACAUGCCACCUCACGCCCCUAUAUCCUGCGUGUCCUGGGCAUAGGCCCUCUCUCUCGGCAAACACAAAACACUGUUCCGUCUCAGGGAUUGCAUAACCAGAGAAACAGAAGCAUUUAUGGUACUGUAAAUAUAUGUGUUGCCAAUUACAUUGUAAAGUUGUAACUAUUUAUAAUUCUGGUUCUAAUUUGAUGGGUACUUGAAAUAGCUGUGGGUGGGAAGAUAGGCUUGUUUUCUGAGGAGACUUACAACCGUUUCUCAGGUUUCCCUUACACAGUAUAAGCUGUUGGCAGCAGAAGAGUAGGGGUGGCAGGGAGAAGAAUGGCCAGUUAGAAUAAAUCCCAAGUCUAGUCUAUGCAGAAACCCCAGCCUACAGACGGGCAUCUUUAGCCCAGAGGUGGAUGAGGGCAGAGCCAGGACUGGACUUAAGACUUUUGCCGCACAAAGCCAUGAGGACACUGGAGCUCUGCUCAUGCCUCACAGCCUCUCGAGGAGCCUGCUGAGCUCCUGAGAAACAAGUGCAGGGAGAAAGUAAAGUUCUGGGAGGCCACUGAGCUCAUAAUAUUCAUCUGUCUGGUCACCUUUGUGUUAGUGACUGGUUUCAUCUCUAAUUAUGUAUGUGCGUGUGUAUCUAUCUGUAUGGCUAAGUACGUGUCUGUAUGCAUAAAUAUAUCUGUGCAUGCCAGUAUGUGUGCAUAUAUUUGUGUAUCUGUCUGUGUGAAUACAUGUCUGUGUGCUGGACUGCGUUUCUGUGCAAGGGUAUACACAUUUGUGAACACAUAAGCAUACAUAUCUAUAUGUGUUCAUGUUUGUUGUAUCUGGGCACAUGAGUGCAUGUGUAGAAACAGGUUUUUGUCUGUGUGUAUGCCUGCUCUCCAUUGAUCUGGCUAUAUGUGUAACUGUAUUUCAACAUGUAGGUAUGUCUGUGAAUUCAUGUUUGAGGAUCUGCAUGAAUGUGUCCCUUCUCUUUUUUGCCCCAUCUCUCUUCCCCAUUCCUGAGUCUCUCACCAGCUAAACAUAUUCCCCAUCUCUGUGCCUCCUUUAUUCAUCAUUCUCUCUCACCUAACAAGUUUGUAAGCACUCGUCUCCCUCUACCUUGAGUGGCUCCUUCAACCCGUUUUCUUCUCACCCUGAACUUGCUUUCUUCCCCUGCCUCUCUACCUCAAGCUUCCUCUGCCUGCUUGUCACAGUCCCAUUGGUUGCUGAUUUGGAGGCUAGGGCUGGGAUGCACUUGGCCUUUCCCUUUCUAACUAGUUUCUAGCCCUAGUGGGCAAUCCGUCUUAGCCCUGGCUGACCUCCACAGUAUAUGAUGUUCCUGCUAUCUUCCUGACCCUAUGCUCAGCCUGGAAUUAUCAUAGGAGGUAGCAAGGGCAUUCAGAAGUCAUUUGGAUGCCAGUGUCUUGGUGUUUACUGUUUCAUGUUUUAGUUCCCAAGUAGCGGGUGGGUGUGAUAGGGAAAGGGUGGUAUAGCUAGAGUGCGAAAGAAAGACCGCUCUGCUCUAUUUUCCUUUCUUUGAUGGGCUGUUUGUGUCACUUUUUUUUCUCUCUCCACAUUAACCAGUAAGUUGUAUUUGCUGUUUGUAGCUACUGAAGUCUUACUGUUCAGCCAUGGGCCCUUACAACCUCUUAGCCCAAUAGGUUGGUUAAAAAAAAAAAAAAAAAGCCACUCCCAUUUCUGUAUCACGAUUGCCAUUUUUUAGCAAGUGAAUUCACAGUGCUUUUCUAUAAAUAAAUCAUGGAUCACAAAAAAAGAUCAUUUUUCUAAAUUCAGAAAUUGUGUUCUCUCAAUAAAUGGGGCCUUUCUCUAUCCACCAUUGCCCUGGCGGGGGACAGGGAGCUGGUUAGGUCUGUAGUACAAUGGAUUUCUCGUGGUCUAAGAUGUGGAAUGACAAAUGAAGAAUUUCCUGCUAUACCAGCCCCGUUUCCAGAGCUCACAGGCAGCUCAGAGCCUUGUUCCAGGAAGUAGGUACCAUGAUUAUGGGCAGAAACACCAAAAUCCUAAGAAAAUUAGAGGACAUGCUCAGAAAAGAAGGCAGAGCAACCUUGAGCAAGGCACCACAGGCCUUCUGGCUUCAGAGGCCUUCUUGCCUCAAUGAUGCAAGUCUAAGGUUCUAAUUCUUAGCAACCUAGCUCUGAGUCUUUAUGUCUUUUUGAAUCAAAGCUGAAGGCCUCUCAGCUUCUCCCUGCUUAUCUAGACUCCAUCUUCCUUGACAAUCCUCUAUGAAAUAUUCUAGCCAUUUCUGUGCCCCUCUCUGAUCUAUUCUCCUCUCCCCAGACACAAUGCCCUCUUGAUUUGGCUUCAUAAGCUGUGGGGACCCAAUUUCUCUGCAAAUGUCACAGCUCCAGCUGUUAAGAAGCUCUAUCCAAGCCCAUGUAGCUCUGGGGCUUGGAGAUGUAAGGGAAAGGUGGUGGUGAGGGCCGUGACAUUAAGUCCUACAGUAUGUAUUACGAUCUAAGUUCCCA